AUGCAAAUUGCCUUCUACGACCCUAAUGGAAAUGCUGGCCGAUACUCAGAUGGGGUCAGAUUCAACCCGCGUCCUACAAAUAAACCGGAUGUACAUGCAUGCGCUGCAGCGAGGCUCACAACAUCUACGAUUACUGCACAAUUAACGCAACAGGAGAACCUAGAUGCAGGUACAACGCGCCGUGAGCCUGAGAUAAACCCAACCAACGUGACGAAAGACUACCAUGACACCUCCUCUAUUCCGGAUGCCGGUCAGUCAGGCGAACUUGAUAGCAACUACAGCGAUGAUAACCUUCGUUCUUUGUUCUCCACGCUCUCCGAAAACGGGGAGAACUAUCUAAACCCGGCAGCAGAUCCAAACGCUUCAGAACACCAUCAGGCGGACCGGGAACGUCUGGAGGACCACGAUUACCUCCCUGACACUGGGAUCGAAGAGGCCACAAGUCCCGGUCCAAUAGGAGAGCUUCCUAGUGCUGCUGAAGACCUACACAAAGGAGUUAAUAUGCAAGAUCUUCCUGGACCUCAGAGAAGUAAUUCAGAGCAAGGCCCUGCCGAUGAUUCUAUUGCUUCAGGGUCCUUUGCGAAGGGUCAACACCGUGAUCAUACCGCUAUAAAUAAUGCUCGCGCCCGAAGCCCUUACCCCGAUGCGUCAGAUCCAAUAUUUGGAAACAGUGAAGCGAUAAUAAAAGAUAACAAAUCAAGUUGCGGUGUAUCUUGUGGCUAUCACGCUGAUGACCAGGGUUUUGUUUCAAUCGCUGACGUCCAAAGCAUUACUGCCGUUUUUUUGACCCUGUUAGCGAAAAAUUCCACUUCCAAUGCUCACUCACGGCGCAGUACAGCGACAACGUCGCCAUCGGAGAUGAUUUCCAAUAUAUCAGAUUCUAUAUGUAGACACGGGCGAAAUGAGAUACAGAGCCCAGCCUGUGUAUCUGUGACGGGAAAGCCACUGCCUGCCGUUGGCGAUGAGCAUAUUGAUCCCCGCUUAACUGUCAAUCAAUACCCAACUGUGGAGCCUGUCGCACAUGUCCCUUCUUCAGAUGUCCGGAAAUCGUGUCUCUCAAAUGCACAAUUGGACAUCAUAGAGAAAGUUGACCCCACCAUGUUUCGAUACCGACACGGCUUAAGUGGUCCGAAUAUGAUGGUAGCAGACCCUUUGCCAGACAAUAUUGGAGCCCCGAUCGGCAGUCAACAGAGUCAACAGGAUUGUCUCAUACAUGGCCGCUUCACUUCUCAACUACUUCCAGAAGGGAGGGUAUACCACAUGACAUGGCACUCAUCAGAGACCACUACCAAUCAACAUUUCCAAGGAGGUUCCAGAACAACCUCCCAAGGCUUUAAAGAGCCUACAAAAAGACAGACUCGCUCUAAAGGCUCGAAAUAUUCUCCAGAGGAGAAUGAGAAAUUGAUCCAACUUCGUAGCAGCGGGCAAUCUUGGGAGGAAAUUCAGAAUAGUCAUUUCUCGAAUCGAACACCGGGUGCUCUUCAGAUGCAUUACUACCACCUUUUGACGCAUGACAAAACAAGGAAGAAAAACAGUGGAAGAAAAAGAAAGCAGAAAGGCGGUCCAGCCUCAGUUACCAUAUCCCAAGUCUCAUCGCGCCAUAAGAUAGGCCCUUCGACCUCCGUCGAAGUAGAGGGCUUAAAAAGGAGAGCGGGGGAUUCGCGAUAUCCUCAACGAAAGCGCCAUAGGUCUGAGCGCUACCAUCCUGGCAAAUAA